AUAUCUGUGCAUGUCUACACCCCAGAGCGGGAUAUCUGUUGAUGUGUGUGGGUUGGUACUUCUAACACCUAUGGAGUCUUUUUCUUGCAUAACAAGAACAACUCUUUGGUUUGACGGAGAUACCAAAAUCGUGCCUUAAACGACCACGUUUUUUUAGUUCCAUCUUGGUUCUCUUCUGCUCUUGUUGUGUGAUAGACAGGCAAGAAAGAUGGAACAAAAAUGUCGAUUUUAGAAGUGUCCUGAGAACUCUUCACAGCCAGCAUAGUGAAAAUCUAUCCCUCAUGAACCAUGCUUUUCUAAUUGCUAAUUAGAUGAAAAAUUGUCUCACAGAAUGUGUGCUCAUAAACACACACUAGCCUUCUCAGUCUCUGUUUCCCCAUAAAUUGGUGAUGAAAGAAGUCCAUGUGUCGCAACAAAAUGGGUUUUCCCUUGCUCUGUUUUCAUUGACUCUGUUUGAUACUCUGUUAGUUAAUUCAACAUUAAAGUUGUUGGCCAGGGUUGCUUCUCCUGCUUCAAUUGGUCACAUAAAAACGAAAACAGAAAUGGAAACCUCAAGAGAAGCAGUGUUGGUGUGUCUCGCGCUCUUCUUUGCAUUCUCAAGAAAAUGCACAUCACUCACACCGCAAAAAAUUUCGUUACUCACCCACAGAGAAGUAUGUCCAAUGUUCUAUGAUUGUCAGGAUCAGCGCAAAACAUGGCUAACUCUUCCACCACCAUCUCCUCCUCCCCCUCCUCCACCGCCACCACCACCGCCGCCUCCGCCUCCACCAUCACCUCCUCCGCCGCCGCCACCACCUCCGCCUCCACCACCACCACCUCCACCGCCGCCGCCAGGAUACUUCGUGAGAAAUCAACCACCGCCCCCGCCAGGAUACUUUGUGGAAAAACAACCGCCUCCUCCACCGCCACAUUUAGAGGCUCCGGCUACUACGACAUCUUCUGCUUCUGUGUCUUUUGAAUUGAAUCGGAUCGUGCCUUUGGUCUGUGUCUUGGUGGCUUGUUUGUGUUUCUUUUAGGAUAUCGCGUUGAAUUUGACAAGUAAUUUGAGUUUGCUCAGCUGUUUAAUGAAGGUUGGAAACGCUGAAGCUUCAUGUGAAAGAUUGAUGAAGAAUAAGGCUGCGUUAUUUUCUGGUAGAAUUACACUAGUAAAAUACCUAAAAUCCAAGACAAGCAACAACUACGUUUGUCUGGUUACAUGUUCUCCGUUUCAUUUGCUUUUCUAUACGAGACAAUUCCAGCUAUGUUUAUUAAAUUCAGUAAAGAAAAUAAAGUCUGGUAAAGAAAAU